GAGCGUGCGUGUCAUCAGUUUAACACAUGUUAGCUAUGCCUGACUCUACACACUACUUUGGUUAAGGUGUUUUCAAGUAUUUGUGUACGGUGUUUUCAAGUAUUUGUGUACGGUGUUUUCAAGUAUUUGUAAGAUGAUGACGCCGCCCCUGAUGUUACUCACGCUGGUCUGCACAUGUAUCCCCACGUCUGCACAGCGCCAAGUGAGCAGUGUCGUACCCACCAAGCUGGGGUCAGUUCAAGGUCAGCUGGAGCAGGUUCGAACACAGCGAGGACAGGUGGUCGAGGUGGAUGUGUUCUGGUCCAUACCGUACGCCGCCCCGCCCGUGGGUGAGCUGAGGUUCAAACGCCCCGUGGCUGCGGCGCCCUGGGACGGGGUGCUAGAUGUCUCCAGGAUGCCGGAGUCUUGUUAUCAGGUGUACACUAAAGAUCCCAUCUACGCCCCGAACCCCUCCACAAAUGCUAGCGAAGACUGCCUGUACCUGUCCAUCUGGCGACCCAGGUGUCACCCCCGGGCUGACCCUGACACGGCAGGCACCAGAGAGCCCGGGGAGGAGCUGGCCACCAUGGUGUGGAUCCACGGGGGCGGGUACAUGACCGGGUCGGUCACCACUUCAUGGUACAACGGUGCCGUGCUAGCAGCGACUGAGUGCGUCAUAGUCGCUGCCAUGAACUACAGAUUGGGGGCACUGGGGUUUUUAUUUCUGGAUAUUCCCGAUGUCCCUGGUAACAUGGGUCUACUGGACAUGACCCUAGCAACGACCUGGAUCAAAGAGAACAUCGCAAGUUUUGGGGGAGACCCGGCAAGGAUCACAAUCUUUGGUCACAGCGCAGGGGCAGCUAGCACCUCUCUCUUUUUAUUAUCUCCCCUUACCAGAAAUCUGUUUAACAAUGCUAUCAUUCAGAGUGGUUCGCCCAUAAGUCACGUGGCUCGACAGUCCAGACAAUCUGGAAUCGAGGCAGCACGUGAGUUUGCUAGACGUCUGAACUGUUUUUCUGAGAGCAACCAGGAGAUCUGCAGCUGUUUGAUGGAGGCUGACGCAGGACAUCUAGCCCAGGUACAGUUCGAACUGUCACAAGAUUAUCGAUUCAUCAUGACCGCUGUGGUUGACCAAUAUUUUUUAUUGGAAGAUUCGAUCACGCUGCUGAGAAAUGGAGACUUUAAGCGAUGUGACCUGCUCCUUGGGUCGGCCCUGGACGAAGGCACCUACUUCAUGGGGCUCAAGUGGCCAAACACCUACAACUUCCACUCGGAGGAAACGGUUCGAAUCUGCGAAAAGGAACUGGAUGACAAAUUAACGCAGUUUUUCAGUGACUUUCUCAAGCAGGAGUACAUUGCUCAAGUUAUUCGCGAGGUUAAAGCCUUGUAUGAUUUGGAUUCGUUGAGCACAGAGGUCGAAGACGCUAGUCUGAAACUUUUAGGUCAAGUCAUAGGCGACGUUAUCAAUACAUGCCCGGUACGCCAAAUGGCUGGGUUUUACUCCAACUCCUCGCAGAGUGCGUACGUUUAUUCGUACGAACACGGUCACGAUAACCCGACGGUGGCCCGAUGGACAGGGGCCAUCCACGGCGCGGACCUGCAGUUUGUGUUUGGGUGGCCCACAGUCGACCUGGUGGCCUUCACACAGAGGGAGGCGGAGCUGAGCGGGGCCAUGAUGGGGUACUGGGCCAACUUCGCUAAAUAUGGACAUCCCAGUGGUCACUCACUUCCGCUUUGGCUGAAGUACAACCGGAAGUACUCAGGUCACGUGCUACGAUUCAGUUCAUCUACCGCCAUCUUGAAUGACGUAACAGACGAGAAGCUAUGCGACUACUGGCAGAAUUUACCUCGUCAUUAUCUUAAUUAAUGAGCUUAUUGUAUUGCUUGUGGUGAUACAUACACUCAUACAUUUAAGAGCGUACAAUAAACAGUAUAAACUAGAA